AUGAGUUCUAUAGUGCAAGGGGGUCUGCAGCUAUCAGAUAUAGCUAAAGAAUUGCAUAAUGAGAUGACGACAAAGGCCACGGGUAAGCUUUUCACUCAAGAAGAAUUAAUCAAUGCGACCAAACUAAAUGAUUUGAAUGAAUUGAUGCCCAUUAUACAAGAAUUACUGGAUAAGAACCUAAUUAAAUUGAUUAAGCAGAAUAAUGAACUGAAAUUUCAAGGUGUUGAUUUUAAUGAAGCAAGUAAGAAGUCUGCAAUGUCUUCAGAAGAAGCAUUAGUUUAUUCAUAUAUAGAAGCGAGUGGUAGAGAAGGUAUAUGGUCAAAGACAAUUAAAAUGAGAACUAACUUGCAUCAGCAUGUCGUUUUAAAAUGUUUAAAGUCUUUAGAGUCCCAGAGAUACGUCAAAUCUGUGAAAUCAGUAAAGUUCCCAACACGUAAGAUCUACAUGCUAUAUCAUUUACAACCAUCUGUUGAUGUUACCGGUGGUCCGUGGUUUACGGAAGGGGAAUUAGAUGUUGAAUUUAUCAACAGUUUAUUGACUAUUAUAUGGAGAUAUGCGGCAGAAAACACUUUCCCCAAUGGAUUCAAUAACAAUGACGACGAUAAUAUUGCAAACUAUGCACCAAAUGUUAAGAAUUACGUUACUACGGAUGAAAUAUUAGAGUUCAUUUCGAACUCUCAAGUCACUAAUAUAGAAUUGAGUAACAGUAACAUUAGGUCACUUUGUGAGGUUUUAGUUUAUGAUGAUAAGUUGGAGAUGGCACAAUAUGAUUGCUAUAAAGUUACGUUACAAAGCUUAAUGCAAAUUAACGGUUUAAAGCAAACAAACAAAGAAUCAUCCGACCAUGAAUACUCAAUAUUCGAUUACUACAACGGUAUAACACCUUCCGCGGGUGACAAGGACGUUGUGUAUUUCGAUGAAUGGACGCUGUAA